AUGCUCGAGCUGGGCACCUCUUAUGCCUCGAGUUGGUUGGGCGCCUCUCAUGCCUCGAGUUGGGGACCUUUGAUGCUUCGAGUUUGGCACCUCUCAUGCUUCGACUUGGGCACCUUUGAAGCCUCGAGCUGGGCACCCACCUUUGAUGCCUCGAGUUGGGCACCUCUCAUGGCUCGAGUUGGUCACCUGUCAUGUUUUGAGUUGGGCGCGUUUGAUGCCUCGAGUUGGGCACCUCUCAUGCCUGGAGUUGGGCAUCUAGCAUGCCUCGAGUUGGGUUCCCUUGAUGCAUCGAGUUGGACACCUCUGAUGCCUGGAGUUGGUUUCCUGCCCGCAGUUGGGCACCUGAUGCAUCAAUCUAUACUUCUUUUUAGCCUUGAGUUGGGCACCUCUGAUGCCUCUGGAGUUGCUUUCCUCUCCAGUCUAACCAGUGUCACCACCCGGUCUGCCCAGCGCCUUGCCGCUCCAGCUGUCACCGCACCUUCAUACCGGAGGAUCAAGGAGCCUUCCGAAAAGCUUGCAGCACUGACGCUGCACUGA